AUGGACAACAUCGAGCCAUUAGAUGAGGCAAUUUACCUUAUAGAGAUAAAUGAAGUUGUUAAGCAGUACUUGGGCAAGGACAAAGCCAACAAGUCCCUCGGCUUCUGGUUGUCUGGAAGGGCUGUCUUGAAUCUCGAGACUUCGACCGAAAUUCCAAUUCAAAUACCAGACGGGACAGCCUACGACGACAUAAAGCAAGCAAAGAAGGAAGCCAUUAUAAAGUUCUUUGCCAAGCGUCCUUGGAUACUACUUCCAAACAGAGAGAGUCCAAUUCCACGAAUUAUACAAAUUCUCAGAGCACUGUUCCACUUCUCGGGUCAACCAUUCUACAUAACCUGUGAAGGCGACAUCCAACCAGUUCAGUAA